UAUUAAUAAUAGACUCAGCUAAAAUUCUUCAUGGAAAAAAACAAUCAUAGUACUGUAAUGAAUGAUGUAAAUUAAUUUUCCAUACCUCUGUCUACCAUGUAGAAUUUCGUCUACAAAUUAUCUAUUGUAAAAUGUCGCUAUUGAUAUUUAGAAAAACGAGUUCCUGCAGAAAGAUAAUUGAAAUAUUAAGGGUUUUGAAAUUUUGAGGUAAAAGAGAUUAGUGAAAUAGAAAGUACGCGAUGGGUAACAGCGCAAGUUUGCGUAAAAGUACCGACACAAUGACAGUUGAUGGCGAAAAACUUGACUUUGCAAGACUUAAACACUUGUAUCCUAAAUUACGACAAGAUCUUAAAAAAAAAGAUGAGUUAAUUGAUGAAAAAAAUAAAAAACUUUCUGGGUAUGAACUAGAGAUUUUGAAUUUAAAAAAAGAGAUUCGUCAAUUGCAAAGCGUUAUUGAAGCUACUCGCAAUACUAAUAUCACAAACGAUGUCAUUAUUGAAGAAGAAGAUGAAGAUAAUAAUGGUAACUCUUUAUCUCGUCAUUCAAUGAAUUACCCAAAAGCUAGAUUUAUUGAAGUUGUUAAAACAGUUCGAAACAAAAGAUUUGCAGUUUCUGCUGAAAGUGGAAAAGAACUUCAAAAUUUAGACUUUCCUAAAAUACCAAAAAGUACUGACGUAAAGGAGUUUAUAAGUCAAGCCGUACUUAAAAAUAAUUUCUUAAAACACUUAGAAGAAUGUCAAGUCAAAGAAAUUGUUUUGUUUAUGACACAAAAAUCUUUUAAACGAGGAGAAUACAUUAUUAAAGAAGGCGAUAUGGGAAAUGCGUUGUUUGUAUCGUAUAUAGGACAGCUUGAAAUAAGUCAAGGUGAUAAAAUUCUUGGAAAACCCUUAAGACCCGGCGAAUUGUUUGGCGAGUUAGCUAUUCUUUACAAUUGUACCCGCACUGCUUCUGUGAAAGCAAUUGAUGAUGUUGAAGUAUGGUAUUUGGAAAGACACGUUUUUCAGGCAGUAAUGCAGAAAACUGGUAUUAUGAGAAGAGAGGAGCAUUACAAUUUUUUGCAUAGUGUUCCAGUAUUUAAAGACCUACCGAACGAUACUCUGUUAAAAAUUGUAGAAGUUAUUGAAGAAGAGUUUUAUGAAAAUGGAGAGUUUAUAGUAAGAGAAGGGGAGCGCGGAGAUUCUUUUUAUAUUCUGAAACAAGGUUUCGUUAAAGUGUUACAAAUGAUUGAAGGUAAAGAUGAACCAGUUGAAAUUCGUCAGUUAUCUCAAGGUGAAUAUUUUGGGGAAAAGGCGUUAUUAGGAGAAGAUGUUCGAACAGCAAGUGUUGUUGCUAGUACUGGUGGCGUUCAUUGCUUGGUGAUUGAAAGAGAUGUUUUUAUGAGCUUUAUUGGUGAUUUAUCAUACUUAAAAAAUAAAGAUUACGGCGAUAAAUUACGAAAAGCCGUUAAUGUAUCGCGAGCAAACUCUUUAAGUAAUAAAACAAUUCCAGACACUGUGUCACCCGAAUUUUUAACCGCAAAACUGACUGACUUUAAACUGGUUGCUACUCUUGGUGUUGGUGGCUUUGGUCGCGUAGAGUUAGUACAAGAUAAACGCAAUAAAGAACGCACUUAUGCGCUUAAGAGCUUAUCAAAGCAUUAUGUUGUGGAAACAAAACAGCAAGAACAUGUCUUUAAUGAGAAAAAGAUUUUAAUGUCUCUUGAUAGUCAAUUUAUUAUAAAGCUAUAUAAAACAUUCAAAGACGAUCGCUACGUAUAUUUGUUAUUAGAAGUUUGUUUAGGCGGUGAGUUGUGGACUAUCCUAAGAGAUCGAGAUUACUUUGAGGAAGCAGCCUGUCGUUUUUAUAUAGCGUGUGUUGUUGAAGCAUUUGAAUAUAUUCACAAACGUGGUAUUAUAUACAGAGAUUUAAAACCAGAAAACUUACUCAUGGAUAGCCAAGGUUAUAUAAAGAUAGUAGAUUUUGGUUUUGCUAAAAAAAUUCCAUCCGGUACGAAAACAUGGACAUUUUGUGGAACACCUGAAUAUGUACCACCGGAAAUCAUUCUUAACAAAGGACACGAUUCUUCUGCAGAUUAUUGGUCAUUAGGAAUUUUAAUUUACGAAUUAAUGGUUGGCAACCCUCCAUUCACGAGCUCUGACCCUAUGAGUACUUACAAUAUUAUAUUACGAGGGAUAGAAGUUUUGGAGUUUUCCAAUCUAGUUACCAAAAACGCUCAAAACUUAAUAAAACGUUUAUGCAAAGAAAACCCUAUGGAACGAUUAGGAAAUCAAAAAGACGGUGUAGACGAUAUACGUAAACACAAAUGGUAUCAAGGUUUUCAUUGGAGCGGUUUACGCAACAGAAGUUUGCAGGCACCUAUUGUUCCAAAAAUUAGAAAUAUUACAGAUAACUCUAAUUUUGACUAUUUCUCUCCCUUAAAAGAAAAACCUCAAAAAGAGUUUUCUGGUUGGGAUGAAGAUUUUUAAACUCUGUUUUAGUAUUUUUAAACUAUUUAUUCAUAUAAUACUAUUUUCAAUUUUCUUAAAA